AUCCACUCAUAUGUGGGAAUCGAAACUUUAGAAGGUCUGAACCGGCAGAGUCCGCAGACCAGAGGUGGACCGGCUCAGAGGGGGAGUCCAGUCAGAUCCAGACCACUUUGGACCACAUCACACAGUCUGAUCCGGGAUGGCCAAGACCAACUACGUGGGGAAACUGAGCGAGUUGACGGUGGAACGGCACUGGAAACCUCCGGUGUACGAGGAGCCGGAGUCCACCGGACCAGACAACUGCAAAAGGUUCACGGUGAAGGUCCAUGUAGCUGAUCAGCUGUUUACUGGUGAGGGGACGUCGAAGAAAGAAGCCAAACAUGACGCAGCUAAAAAGGCCCUGGAACAUCUGCGACCAGAGCUAGCACAAGCUUCAGCCAGAUCUACAGCAGAUGAGAACAUUAAUCAUCCUUCAGCUCAACAAAAAGAUGAGCUAGCUUCAUCAGACUUGUGUGAUAAGACCAGAGAGUUGAGCGUGAGCUCCGACAACCAGAGCAGCACGCAGAAAAAGACAGAUUUUAUAUCACUCCUCAUGACCAAGUGCCAGCGAACUGGACACAUUUGUCAGUUCAUUGAAGUGGAGAGAAAAGGUCCAUCUCAUGACCCUGAAUUUUUCUGCAAAGCAGUGAUCGACAGUAAAGAGUAUCCUGUGGGAAAGGGAAAGAGCAAAAAGGAAGCCAGGAAAAACGCUGCUGAGUUGGCCUGGUCUGUACUGGGGGGUCACUCAGACUGGGACAGUAAGGGGUCGGUCGGGUCUACAGUGUCUGACAGUGGUUCAUCAACCGGGUUUUCAUCAGAUGCACAAGACUCUCAGCCAUCAUCUUCACGAAGAAGCACAAGUUACUCGAUAAUAUUCACAGAUUCAUCAACGUCCUCCAAAGCUCAGGAUGCUGCUCAGGUCCAGAAUGUGGGAAACAAUUCGACUCAGUCAAGUUUUACUUCAGACUUUGAUUCUAUAAAGCGCCUCGGCAGCGGAGGAUUUGGAUCUGUUUAUAAAGCAAGAGACAAAAAGCUGGAGAGAUAUUACGCUGUGAAGAUCAUCGACUGGGAAGAACACUCCCUGCGAGAGGUGAAGGCAUUAUCAGACUUGUCCCAUCCUAAUAUCGUCAGAUACUACUCGUACUGGGAGGAGACAACAGGAUACAAACAGCGUGUCCACGACCCAGAGGAGAAGUUCCUCUACAUCCAGAUGGAGUUAUGUGACAGCACACUCAGACAGUGGAUCAAUGGAUGGAGCGACGCUCUGGACGAUUCAAAGAGAAGAGAAGAAGGUCUGAAAAUCGCUCAGCAGAUACUGAGUGGAGUCGAGUACAUUCACUCCAUGAAAUGCAUCCACAGGGACCUGAAGCCUGACAACAUCUUGUUUCGUGAAAGAGUCGUGAAGAUCGGAGACUUUGGUCUGGUCACCAGAGAUGACGACGAUGCAGGAAUGGAACGGACCAGGCGCACAGGAACCCCGUCAUACAUGGCUCCUGAACAGGAAAAGGAAAGGACUUACAACCGAAAAGUGGACAUAUUCGCCCUGGGACUGAUAUUCUUUGAAAUCCUCUGGAAAAUGACUGGACAUGAGAGAAGUGGCAUCUGGAAUGACGUCAGACGACAGAGGUUUCCCGAAGAAUUCACACGUUCUUUCUGUAAAGAGAGUGACAUUAUCAAGUCGAUGCUGCAGAACAACCCAGAAGACCGACCUGAAGCCGGUUCUCUUAAAGCAGAUCUGGACCGGUGGAUUCAGGUUUUCGGACACGAUCAAAUGCUGCAGGAAAACAAAACAAUUUGAUGCGAUCAGAAAACUGUGUCCUCUGAUGUCACUGAUUUAAUGAUGUGGGUCGUCAGGUGGUUUUUAAGGUUGAAGGGUAAUUAUUUUAGACUAAUCUGUGUCUGUUUGGGUAAUAAUGGUAAAUAAAUGGUAAUUAUUAGGGAUGCACCGAUACCACUUUUUUCCAAACCGAGUACAAGUACGAGUACGAGUACUUACAUUUGAGUACUUGCUGAUACCGAGUACUGAUACGAGUACUUAAUAAUCCCAUUCCA